AUAGUAUAAGAAAAAUGUUAAGCAUGUUAGAUCACAUCGAUCUUAGAAAACUAAAAUAACACUCUACACAAUAAACCAUUGUCUUGUUUGCAAUUUUGCUUUAAAUGGAAAUACUGCAUUUUUGCAAUUACAUGAAGCCAUCUUGGUGACGUUCUUGAAGUCACUAUGAAUAAAAAAGCCAGUAUGUUAGUGGUCUUAUUUCCUUUAAUGUCCAGAAGCUUUGGAGGAAGUACUCUCAUUACCUCUUUCUUCAAUCUCUUUGAUUUAUCUCAUGCGUUUGCUGCACACUGCCACUACAAAAUAUCGACAAACAAGGGAAGAACAGAGAUGCUGUUUGAGAUGGCGCAUCAUGACUGAGAAACAGGGAAGUCUUCACCAAUUGCUCAUUUGAGGUCUCCCUUCUCAAGUUCUUUCAUUGCAGGCAUCAAAUGAAGGUGGAAAUCGUCAAAAUGAGAUUCUACACACAUCACAAACUUUCUGCAUUUAUUCUUGUUUUGUACUGCAUUGUCCUUAUCACCCCAACUGAAGAAUUUUCAUUAAAUAACUGCACAAUCCCUUUCCCUUUUGAAUAUUCUGAUAAUCCUAAGGUGCUGUGCUACAAGAUGGGCUAUAGGCAAAUCCCUUCACUGUUACCCUUCAACACAAUCAUUUUGGAUAUAUCCUUCAAUUCUAUCUCCCAGAUUUCUGAGAGCGAUUUCAUCAGACUUCCAAAUCUGAUCAACUUAAACAUGUCUCACAAUCGGAUAUCUGAAAUACACAGCAGCGCGUUGAGUGGCUUGCCAAACUUGGAAGAACUCAACCUGUCCAACAACAAGAUAAAAACUGUGUCCACUAAACUUCUUAGCGGCCUUGUAAACCUGUCUCAUUUAAGGCUUGACUCGAAUUACCUUGAAACGAUUGAAAAUCUGUCUUUUGCGUCUCUUUCAAAUUUGAGGGUUGUAAACCUUACUAAUAACAAGUUAAAUCACAUUUCCAGACUCCAGCCUAUACUUACAAUACCAUAUCUGGAGGAACUGUACUUGGGAAACAACAGCUUCACAGUUUUCAACUCAAGUAAUGUCCCAUCUGCACUUUCUACUUUGAAAAAGUUGGAUCUAUCGUUUAAUCCCUUGACAAUGUUCAAGAUAACAGAAAACAUCUUUCCUGGUCUUGAGUACUUGGACUUGUCAUACUGUUUCCAGAACUGUACUCUGGAUUGGAUUAUUUUAGACAAGGCAUUCCUAAACGCUGUAAAGACACUCAACAUCAGUAGUAAUCAUAUUUCAGAGAAACAACUGGAUAAUAUAAUGCAGAGUUUCACCUCUGUUACCUGGAUAGACAUAAAUGAUAUGAAGGAGUUCAGAGUACAGACGAUUUUACAGGAGGCAUGUUCCCCUGGACUGAGGAGUCUACAAUUCAGGAACAACAAUCUUUCGGUUCUAACUGAUCAUAUGUUUAGACCAUGUGAAUUACUGAAUGAGUUACAUCUAAGAAACAAUGGAGUAUCAGAAAUGUAUACAUCCACAUUCGAAAAUCUUAAAAACUUGACAGUGUUGCGUCUACAAAACAACCUUUUGACGCAACUGAACAAUACCCUUCAGGUCCUCCCGAAAUUACAGUUACUCGACCUUCAUCUAAACAACAUUGCAAAUCUCAAAUGCUCUGACUUCGUAAAUCUGACACAAUUAAGACAACUGUUUUUGCAUAAGAACAGAAUUCUGACAAUCAAGGCAUGUCUAUUUAAGGAUUUAGCAAAUCUAGAUGAGCUCAUUUUGGACAGCAAUAGCCUGAUAACGAUAAGUGAUGCAUUUACCUAUGGCCCCCCAAAUCUAAGGUACUUAAACUUGAAUGGCAAUAAAUUAAGUUCAGUUAAAAAAGAUUCAUUUAAAGCAUUACACUCUCUCAAGGUCUUAUAUCUUGCAGAUAAUCCAAUAGUAGAUAUUCAGCCAUCUGCUUUUGCAGGAAUGAUACAUUUAUCAGAGCUCCUACUUUCAUCACUCAAAAUCACAGAAAUAACACUAAGAAACCCUAACAUCUUUGUUGGUAUAACUAGGCUACAGGGUUUGGAUUUGAGUUGCAAUUACUUAAAAUAUGAGCGUCAUGAAGAACUAGACAAUCCACCAUUUGUCUUGUUAAGUGAGUUGAAAAUUCUGCACCUUUUCAACCAACGUGAAGGCUUAAAGCACAUACCCUCAAACCUUUUUAAAGGUCUGAUGAAUUUACAAGUGCUAUAUGCAGGUAACCUUAAUAUAGAAUAUUUGCAUUUCAACACAUUUAUACACACUCCCAAACUUCAGUACUUGGAUUUGUCAAGUAAUAAUUUUGCUGGCAAAAAUGCCUUGACAUCCAGGCUUUUCUAUCCAAUUAAAGGCCUAAAUAGACUUACACUUGGUAGAGUUCACCUUCAGUCACUGGACUUCUUAACUGAAGCAAAUCUCUCCAGUUUGAACACCCUAAGAGCAAGUGGUAAUGAGUUACAGUUGAUAAACCAAACCCUGAUUCAGUCCCUUCCUCGACUGAAAAUCCUUGAUUUGCAAAAUAACAGAUUCAUUUGUGACUGUAGUAAUGCUUGGUUCAUCGAUUGGGCAGUUAAGAACAAUAACACUCAGGUAAUUUACCUGAAUAGGUACAAAUGUUGCUAUCCACUUUCUUUAAGUGGUAUGAACCUGGUAGCCAUUAACACAGAAUCCUGCAAUGUAAAUUAUGACUUCAUCUCCUUCAUCGUUAGCUUUUCUACCACCAUUCUCACUCUCAUCAUUUCAUUUAUCUAUCACUUCCUAAAAUGGCAAUUGGUAUACGCAUAUUAUCUCUUCUUAGCUUUUCUCAAUGACAGAAAGAGGAAACUAACCAAGAAUCACCUUGGGUUCCAAUAUGACGCCUUCAUUUCCUACAAUGUUCAAGAUGAGCCCUGGGUCCUGGAGGAACUUGUACCAAAACUGGAGGUUCAACAGGGUUUGAGACUGUGUCUUCAUCACAGAGACUUCCAGCCAGGCAAGGCCAUUAUCGACAACAUCGUAGAUGGAAUAUAUAAUAGCCGCAAAACUGUUUGUCUAAUCACACACAACUAUCUGAGGAGUGUUUGGUGUUCACAUGAGAUUCAAGUGGCCAGUUUCAGACUUUUUGAUGAACAGAAAGACGUUUUGGUUCUAGUUUUCCUUGAGGAAAUUCCCACCCACCACCUUUCCCCAUAUUACAGAAUGCGGAAGCUGGUGAAUAAAUGGACUUAUCUCCAGUGGCCCAAACAAGGAGAAGAUACUAGAGUGUUCUGGCAGAAACUUAUAAUGGCCAUAAAGACUAAGGAGGCCAUGCAAGAGUAGAGACAGAUUCUAUCUCGACAACACAAAUAUGUUUAAAGAUCAAUUACUACACAGUAGUGGCGUGUGGUACACUUGGGCCAAUCAACAAUAACAACAAUAUCCAAUGUUUUUUAUGUAAUAUAUACAGGUCAAUCAUUGACUAUGCAUAGGCACCUAUUGUUAAUGUUAGUGUUCUUAUUAUAAGUUAUCUGGCUGGGAGUCUAUGGUAAAAUGUUGUAAAAUUUGGCACAACCAUUAGGGACAAUAUAAACAUUCAUGGUGCCAAAAUUAGGGUCUCUAUCUCAAACUCUCCAGUGCCACCAACAGCUCAAAGUUGCACUUACGUUUCAAAAUAACUUGAACUGUGUAGUCUAAAAAAUUUAAUUCUUCCUCUGAUUUCUUGGCUCAUGCUGAGUUAAUUUCCACCCGGCUAGAUUUUCCGACAUUGUUAAUCUUUUUGAAGAAAAAAAACAACUAUUCAAAAUUACACCAUAUAGGAACUUAGGAUGAUCUCUGCGAUGCUUUGACAUAUUAAAACAAAGCUUUAUGUGUGUCAUUGCCACAAUGAGUUUACAUGGAGACCAGAAAGCUGUUUAUUGCAAAAAAUCACGUGUAGCGUCAGUUCAGGCAAGUCACGUGAGUCAAGCUCGCAAUCAGCUGACACUUAGCUGAUCAUGACGUCUACCAAUACAAUUCAGAUGCUUAUCAGAGUGGUCCUAUUUAAGUCCUCCAUUUAUUUAUUGCCUUAGCUGCAUUUCCAUUGCAUGGAUGCAAGCUGCACUUAACACCCUCCUCCGUUCCCAGCUCCACAUUUUGUAUGGCAGCUUUGCUUUUUAGUUUUCUCUACAUCUGUCUUGUGUUCUGCACAGAUUUGUCCUUUUCCCACUGUACUCCCAGAAAUGUUGAAUUCUUUCCGCUUUGUUGACUUGUUGUUGAUGACCGGAUAACUAAUGCCAUAGGAUUGAGCCCUAGUAGUGCUCAAUCCUAUGGCGUUAGUUAUCCGGUCUUUUCCAUGCACAUGUGCUCUCUUCAAAAAAUGUUUUCUGAAAAGCUGUUGAUGUGUUUACAUGGCCAUAUAAGCCACAUUCUCCAGGAGAAAUCUAGAUGUGUUAAACCAUUUUUCUUAAUCCCUUAAACAGGGUAAGGAAAACAGUGCUGUAAUUGCUGCUGGCAGCCAUACAUUUAGGUAUGAAUGUACUGUAUGUAUGUAUUAGAGUUUCCACUAAGAAAUUUUGGUGCCGGCAAACGUGUCCGGGAAUGAUAAAGUUUGCCAGACAAAUUGGAAAAAAAUCUGGUAAUUUCAUUUUGGUGUUUAUUUUGCACUGUAACACAUGCAUAAUAACGUGAUAUAAUGACACAAAAUGAAUGGUAAACUUUAUUUUAAAAAAAGAAAAACAGCUGUCAUGGAAUUAGUGUCUAAUUAAAAAUAAAACAUUCAACAAGGAGCAAAAGUACAUGAGCAAAGCAAAAAAAUUCAACUGAAUUUGCCACAUGUCCUUUCUUUUACAAAGAAAUAUUAAAAUAACACAAAUCAUUAGGUUAUGUUUAGGGCUUUGCGAUAUGAAUAAUAUGCUUCUUAUCUGACACAUGCAUAUGUGUUUCACGUGAGUGUCGCUUUCUCUGGAGCACGCAAGUGCGGGUGAUAUACUUAUGUAGCUUAUUAUUUUCUUUGUUCCAGUGCUUUGGGAAGAUCUUGAAUUUCUUGAGGAACGUUUAAAAUAAUGGUCAAAAAUGGUUUUGUCCGAUUUGAAUGAAAAUUGGCAGGGGUCUUCAUCAUAAUGUCCUGAGGGUACCUAAGCAGUUUGGAGACAGCGCCACAUAGUGAUCAAAAUGCUUAGUCAAUUUAAACAAAAUAUGUAAUAUAUCUUUGCUUCCUUAUUCUAAGUCUUCUGAAAAUGGCUGAGAGAAAUUUCUAAAUGUAUAUAUUAUAUUAUUUUUUUAUUUGAAACCUGCUGCUCUGACAGCUUGGACUGUCUCUUUGGCACUUUUGAUCUGUGUCAACUGAAUGGCCCAGAGGUUAACACAUUGGACUACAGGUCAAAAUGUAAUGUUGUGAGUGCAAGUCCAGGAAAGAGCUGUUUUAAAAUUUGUACUUCUGUUGAUCUUCAUAUUGUGCUUACUACAAUGCAGACUGUACUUUAUUUACGUAAUUCCUGCUUUAAUUAAAAAAAAGAAAGAAAAAUUGUGCUGUAACUAUUUUCUCAGAAAUAAUUGUAUACUCUCUGAUGUCAGACAGACUUGUCAAUUGUGUGGCACAGUGGUUAGAGCUCUGGGCUUCAGUUCAAAGGAUUAGGUGAACCCCGGUUCGAUAUCUGCAUCAGCUGGUAUAAAUGUUGUGACUCUGUUGUGCUGGAGCUCUUUGCAUUGUUAUUAGGGAAUUGCAUUAGGGCUUGUCCCCAUAAUUGUUGCUUGCAGCUUUAUUUUUGUUAUUGUCAUUAAGUAACAUUUUUACUUGUAACAAGUCUACUAGUAUAAUUACUGGGAACUCAAAACCCAAAUAGUCAACACAUCCUCUAAAAUUACUGCAAGUAUAGUGAUGCAAUUUUUUGCCCUCAGACCAAAUAGACCAAAAGUAGGGGCCUAUAUUAGUGAAUACAGAACAUCAAAACAACUCUAAAUCUUGACUACUCAUCUGUUGCCCACAUGAUUUGCUCUCUUUGAUUUGAUUUAUGGGCAAUACUGUAAUGUUCCUGAACCUUGGACUUAGAAUUUUGGACCUCACCAAAAUGACCUGCCGGUUGAACUGUGAUGCAACUCAUUGAUCUCUGCCUACAUCACCUAUGUCUAUUGAUGGACUACUCUCCUGAAAUGGAAUGCACAGACUAUCAUUUAAUUGCCAACAAAAGCCUUCAUCAGCCAACUAACAAAGGACAAUGCAUCUAUGUGAACUUCAGUUAAUACAGGAUGGACUUCAAAGACAUUAGUCAUUAAUCUUACAGUUAACACUUACUUAAUUUAAAAUGUUUAAACCAUGACUUGCACUGCAAAAACGAUUCUUAAUGUAAAUAAUCAUAAAAGGGAGAAAACACUUCCCAUAUAUUUGUUGCUGGCAUCAAAGUUUGUGCAUCCAAUCAAACUCUACUGUAUUUAGAAACCGAACACUCAAACUAUAGACAAGACUGUUAAGUUUUUCAAAAGAAAGCAACUGGAUCUUGAUUUUCCAUACUGUUGGACCUGCAGUUCGAUAUUAAUGAAUUUAAUCAAUUUUAGUGUUUGAUUUUAAGGACAUUUUUGUUCACUUUUGUGUGCUAAAUAAAUUUGGUACCGUGUAAGUUUGCUACUGUAUAUUUGGACCCUGAAACCAUACCAUAACAGAGAAGCUUCAGACUGUGUGACCAUGUUAAUGGGUGGCAUUAUGACACCCAUAUUCUCAUGUCAGUUUGUACCAGAAGUGGUCUUGCUUAAUUACCCCUAAGCUCCUUUCAGUGGCUUUACCCUCCAUGCUAGUGACCUUUUGACUUGUAAAGGCACACAUGCGAUGCCCAUGCGGGUGGGUGGUCUGCUCCUGCCAGAUACUGUUGGCAACCUCUGGGCUCUUCGCUGAAGCUUCAGCACGUUAUCAAUCAUUUCUCACCGCAGUCCCUGCCAGAAUGUCCUACACAAACAUGCUAAUGCUGAAAAUGCGACAAUCUUCCACUAUUGCAUCAUUCAUCUGCAAAUACAUCCCUCUGUGUUGUAUUUACCAAAAACAAGGAUGUACAACAUUUCCAGGAGACCUACAUUACACAGGACAUUUCAGAAGCUACUAUAAUCCCUGGCAAUAAAGUUAAUCUACAGCAACGUGUCUGAAGAUUAAUUUUCUCCUUAGAGGAAAGGAAUAGGUCCAUCAUUUAC